GUAUUAGUAAAAGAUGAGUGUGAGAUCAUUUGAAAUCUCUGUUAUACAGGAAGAGUCAGAGAAGAAAUCCAAUAGUUUAGUCAUUGGCAAGUCAAUUUGGUGAUUCCUUUAGGUAUUAUAAUUGCAGUGUUUGCAUUGGGAGGAGCAUCUUCAAUUUUACCUUUGAUCGAUGAAUAUAAGGAAGUCAGUGUUCUUUUGAGGACCAUUUGGAGGUGGCAGCUGUUGGUGGCCUACUGUUUGCCAUGAAGUUUGUAUUAUUUUUAUAUGAAGAGGGAUGGCAUGGAUGUGAAGAAGAUAUUUACUAUAGGCACUUGUGUUGAGUUUUUGGUAUCAGCAACGUUGUGGACUACAGCUUCUCUGCUUUUUAUAUGGAGCUCGGAGUAUACUCUUGUAUCUCAUUCUGGCUUAUUCGCUAAUUUUGGAGGAGUGUUUAUUGUGUUUCUUAACCUUGCGAGAUCUCUUCCAGUGCAUCGAUUAGAGAUUAUUGGAAUAAUUGUUGUGAUAAUUUUUGCAAUCAUUUUUGUCAAUGAUAAUUCUUCCACUAAAACUAAUGGACAUACAAAUAUUCUUUUAGGAGAUAUUAUAUCAUUGUGCUCUGCUCCCUUGUAUGGGAUUUAUUAUAUUGUCAGUGCAAGAUUGCUUCAGAAGCUCCCAUCAAUGGUAAUACUACAAGUAAGCUUUACCAUACAGCUUAUUAUGAACUUGAUUUUCUAUAUCUGCUUCAUGGAUACGGAAAUUUUUUAUUCAUUUGACCCUAAUUUCGGAGUCUUUGGCUGGGCAUCGGAUACCUAUUUGGUGUACUCACUUGUCUUUGUUGGAACAUUUACAGGUUUAGUUGGAGUAGGAGGGUAUGUUUUUAUUCUAAACUUCUUUCCCCCACAUAUAGUUGGAAGCAUCUAUUUAUUAGAACCAAUGCUUACUCAAAUUCUUGGGUGCAUACUUGGCCAAGAUAAUAUGCCUGGUUUCAUCACAUAUCUUGGCUGUUUUGGAAUAACAGUAGGACUGGGAAUCUCAAUAAAAGGAGACCUUGAGAAAUCAAAGGAACAGGUUAUAAAUAACACCCAAAGAAGCCAAUCAAGCAAACCUCACUCUGAGAAAUCUCUGCAUUCCUCCCUCAUCCUCAUCCCAUAAAUAAACCAGCAAUAACCCCAUAACUCCAGUUAAAAAUUCUUCUAAAUUCCCAUUUC